AUGAACCUGGUGGAGCAGUGGGUGAUGGCAUCUCACAUUCAAGACCGUGAGUACCCCCGACUGACCACUGAUCAGGACCUGCUGCUGAUGCAAGAAGGCAUGAUGAUGCGCAAGGUGAGGACCAAAUCCUGGAAGAAGCUAAGAUACUUCAAACUUCAGAAUGACGGCAUGACAGUCUGGCAUGCACGGCAAGCUGAAGGCAUAGCCAAGCCCACUUUUUCAAUCUCUGAUGUGGAGACAAUACGUAAGGGCCAUGAUUCUGAGUUGCUGCGCUGUCUGGUGGAAGAGUUCCCCCUGGAGCAAGGCUUCACCAUCGUCUUUCAUGGUCGCCGACCUAACCUGGACCUAGUGGCCAACAGUGUUGAAGAGGCCCAGAUUUGGAUGCGAGGACUCCAGCUGUUGGUAGAUCUUGUCGCCAGCAUGGACUACCAGGAGCAAAUGGACCAAGCUGGAUGGGUGAGAGAGUGGUUUCACCGAGGAGACAGAAACCAGGAUGGCAGGAUGAGUUUCAAAGAAGCUCAACGGCUGCUGCUUCUGAUGAACGUGGAGAUGGAUCAAGAAUAUGCCUUCAGUCUUUUUCAGGAAGCAAAUGUGUCCCAGUCUGAUACUCUAGAAGGAGAAGAAUUUGUACAGUUCUAUAAGGCACUGACUAAGCGUACUGAGAUUGAGCAACUAUUCGAGAACUUUUCAUCAGAUGGACAGAAGCUGACCCUGCUGGAAUUUGUGGAUUUCCUUAGAGAGGAGCAGAAAGAAAAAGACAAUGCCCCUGACCUUGCUCUGGAAUUUAUUGACCUCUAUGAGCCUUCAGAGAAUGGCAGAUUGCUGCACGUGCUGAGCAAGGAUGGCUUCCUCCGCUACCUCUGCUCGAAGGAUGGAAACAUCUUCAACCCAAACUGCCUCCCUGUCUACCAGGAUAUGACUCGGCCUCUGAACCACUACUACAUCAACUCCUCUCACAACACCUACCUACUGAGGAACCAAUUUUGUGGCCAGAGCAGUGUGGAAGGAUACAUAAGGGCCUUGAAGCGUGGUUGCCGCUGUGUGGAGGUGGAUGUAUGGGAUGGACCUGGUGGGGAGCCCAUUGUUUACCAUGGACAUACCCUGACCUCUCGGAUCCUGUUCAAAGAUGUCGUGGCCACAAUAGCACAAUAUGCCUUCCAGUCAUCAGACUACCCACUCAUCUUGUCUCUGGAGAACCACUGCUCCUGGGAGCAGCAGCAGACCUUGGCACAGCAUCUGACUGAGAUCUUGGGAGAGCAGCUGCUGAGCACCACCAUAGAUGAACUGCUGAUGGAUAAGCUGCCCUCACCAGAGCAGCUUCAAGGGAAGAUCUUGGUGAAAGGAAAGAAGUUACGAACAAUUGAGGAUAUUGAGGUUGAUGAAGAAGAGGAGGGAGAACUGGAGAAAGAUCAGGGGUCGGAGGUGGAUCCAGGCGCUUACCCUGAGCUGGACACUCAGCUUCAGCCUGAGUCCCAGGAGCUGGUCUCUGGGAAUGAGGUUAUGGCGUGUCCGAUGUCUUGUCUGCUUAUCUGUGGUCACAUUUUGGCCCAGGCACCUAGUAACAUUCCUGGGUCCUCUUUCUUGUCCAACCAGGAUUCCACGACCAUCUUGUACCCAGAGCUGUCUGCCCUGGUUGUCUACUUGAGGACUGUCCCCUUCUGCAGCUUCAUUCAUUCCAAAGAAAAUUACCAUAUCUGCGAUGUUUCAUCUUUCUCUGAGGCCAAGGCUAGGCACCUUAUCAGGGAGGAAGGCAACAACUUUGUACAGCACAACGCCAGGCAGCUAUGCCGUGUGUAUCCCAGUGGUCUGAGGACAGAUUCAUCCAACUUUUACCCCCAGGAAUUCUGGAAUGCAGGCUGUCAGAUGGUGGCUAUGAAUAUGCAGACUGCGGGGGUUGCCAUGGAUAUCUGUGAUGGGUUCUUCCGCCAGAAUGGUGGCUCUGGCUAUGUGCUGAAGCCAAUAUUCCUGUGUGACAUCCAGAGUUCCUUCAAUCCCGAGAGACUCAUCAGUCCUUAUAAGGCUAAGACCCUCUUAGUCCAGGUGAUCAGUGGUCAACGACUCCCCAAAGUGGACAACACCAAAGAGAAGUCCAUUGUGGAUCCACUGGUGAAAGUAGAGCUCUUUGGUGUUCCUGAAGACACAAGACAGCAAGAGACCAACUAUGUGGAGAACAAUGGUUUUAAUCCAUACUGGGGGCAGACAUUCUGUUUCCGGGUCCAGGUGCCUGAACUUGCAAUACUGCGUUUUGUGGUAAAGGAUUAUCAAUGGAAAUCCCGGAAUAACUUUAUUGGUCAAUACACCCUGCCCUGGACCUGCGUGAAACAAGGUUACCGACACAUAUCCUUGCUCUCCAGGGAUGGCACUAGCCUCUGUCCAGCUUCCAUCUUUGUGUACAUUUGCAUGCGGGAAGACUUGGAGAUGGAUGAAUACACUGAGGUGGGUAUCCCAUAGCAAGAGUAGAUAUGCUGGCUUUGGAUGUCAAGGCACAAAAUUGCUUCCCCCCCUCCUCCCUUUUCCCCUAAGACAGACUCUCACUAUAUAGCUCUGGCUGUCUGGA